AUGGGGCCCCUGGGCAAUAGGGGAUCUUGGGGCCCGUGUCCUUGCCCAAACUCAAAAAAGCCUAUGAAAAAAGGUACCAGGGGCAUCUCAUGGGGCCCCCUACUGACCCCGGGCCCUCGGGAAUUGUGUAAGGUACAUGGACUGCAUGGUGGUGGAAUAUAUAUGAUUUCACACAGGGGCAGAUUGACAACUCAUGGGGCCCCCGGGCAAUAGGGGAUCAUGGGGCCCCUGUGUCCUUGCCCAAUUUCAAAAAAGCCUAUGAAAAAGGUCCCAGGGGCAUCUCAUGGGGCCCCCUACUGACCCCGGGCCCUCGGGCAGUGCCUGAGUUUCCAAAUGGUCAGUCUGCCCCUG